UGUAUAUAUUUAUGUAUACAUUACGAAUCGAACGUUGAAUUUCUCUUGUGUGGUGAGACUCGAACGCAGUGCAUAAACAAACAGAAGUAAACAAACCCGUGGGAAGUUUCUUAGACCAGAAUGACCCGACACUCGAAAAACUGUACUGCAAGUUCUGUGUACUCAUAUCACGAAAAGAAGAAAGAUGCAAAAACAUCUGGGUAUGGUUCUCUGAAGCUACGAUAUGGAAAGGAUGGAGUGAAGGAUUUUGACUGUUGCAGCCUCUCCCUUCAUCCUUGCCGUAAUCCCGUGGUUACACCUGAUGGUAUUUUGUUUGACAAGGAAUCCAUCCUGGAAUAUAUUAUUAGCAAGAAGAAUGAGAUAAACCGUAAGAUAAAGGAAUAUGAAAAGCAGUGCAAGAAGGAGCAGGCAGAGAUCGAGGAGAUAGGAGAGGCAGAGCACCGAUCCCGCAUCGAAAAGUUCUUGAAGACAGAGGGAGCUGUAGCGUCUGCUUCCCAGGCUGCCCAGGGGUCCAGCUCAAGGGAUACUAAGAAUGCUGCUUCAGUGUCCAACAUGGCUGCUGGGAAAGACAAGAAACUGCCGAGCUUUUGGAUCCCUUCUCUGACACCUUCCAGCAAGGAAACGAAACUGCAGAAGCCUGACAAGACAGUCUUUUGUCCCAUAAGUGGGAAGCCUUUGAAAGUAAAGGACCUUGUUGAUGUCAAUUUCACACUCGCCGAUCCAGAAGACAAAGGUCUCCUUGAUGGCCGAAGGGACAGAUACAAGUGCCCAGUCACAGGAGACAUCCUGAGGAACAACAUCACAUGUGCUGUUCUUAGACCCACAGGUCAUGUGGUUACAUUGGAUUGUGUGGAGAAAUUAGUGAAGAAGGAUAUGCUGCAUCCAAUUACAGGAGCAAAGCUCACAGACAAGGACAUCAUUGUUUUGCAGAGGGGAGGAACAGGCUUCUCAGCUGCUAAUGAACAAUUGUCAAGUGUGAAAGCCAGACCGGUGUUGCAAGCUUAAUCGGGAAAUGAGAAUGUCUUUAAUGUUGUAAAGUUUGUAUUUCCUUUUUAUGAGAUAGUGAUGAUUGGUUGAAGUCAGUAACUUGUAAAAAAUAUAGCCUUUUAUAUUGUAUUUCAACAUUUUGCUGUUUUUCUCUCUUUUCUUUUCUCUUUCUUUUCAAUUUCUCGUAUUUUUGAAAGAUGCAUUAUUUUUAAUUAUUUCACAGGAUAGGAAUGCAAAGAUUUUAAACAUAGGUGGUUACUGGUAGUUUUCCAUAAGUUAUUGUACACUAAACUUUAAUGCAGAAUUAUUGUGUUCUUUACCUUGAAAUGAAUAUUUAUCCUUAUAAUUUGAAAUUCUGGCAACUGCAUUGCAAUGGCCCCUUCUUGUACAUGGCUGUAGUAGAAUGGUUCAAAGUAAAGUUUCAUAGUAAAUAUACAACAAACCCUACCUUAAACCUCAAACCUAAAUUUGAGACAACAAAAUCCAUGUUAUGUAUAGUCAGUGGUAAUUUUGAUGUAGAAAAGUAACAGCAUAUCUAUCAGUGACUGAUAUAUGAAUUAACUUAGUGUGCUAUUCUGAAGAGCUUUUGGACUUUUUAUACAUCAUUUACUGUCAGGAGUCUGAUUUUUUUUACCAUGACCAUUAAGGAAGAUUCUAGACUAGAAAUUAUAAUAAACAAAUUUGUAUCGGACCCUGUAGUCAUAAUGUGAUAAUUACUGUUUGAGGUGUUUUGACUUUCAUAGCAUGGAAAACCUUUAGAUUUACAAAAUGUUAAAUAUAUUUUAGGACAAAAAUAGUAUGGUUUAAAGUAACUUUGAAAAUAAAGAGCAAUUUACUCAUU